CUUAGCCCGCGAGAAAAGGAGAGAGAGAGCGCGAGAGUGAGCGCGCGCGCGGGAGAGCGAGAGAAGGCGAAGAGCGCGGGAAGCGCACUUUUCCCCUUGAGGAGCUGGCGAGAAAGAGGCUGCCGGCGGCACCAUGAGCGGCGCUGACUCCACGACGGGGCCUUGCCCGAGCGGGAGCCUCCGUCCCCUGCUGGAGACCCUGGAAGACCCCGCAGCCGCGCCAGCGGCGCUCACGGACGCGCUGCUGACCCUCACCAAUCGCCUGACUGGUGAAGAGGGAAAAGAAUUUGCAUCUGAAGUUGGGAAACUCUUCCCUCAGCUCUACAAGAUAUUUAAGACAUAUAUUCCUACUGAAAACUCAGAAUUGAGCAGUGCAGCCUUGCAAGCCUUAGGAUUCUGUGUGUUUAACUCAAAGACUGCUGCUUUGCUAUGUGAAUCAGAAAUACAGGAGUUGCUGUCAAUAGUGAACAGUGUUGCUAUAAAGGCUGUGGACAAAAACACUCGCACUAGAGCACUUUGGGUGAUCUCUAAGCAGUCCUUUCCUUCUGAUAUUGUUGGAAAGCUGGUACCCAGUAUUAUUGGUAUGUUAGAAACAGUGCUGAAUAAAGGAGACUUGCAUUCCAUGGUGGUUGAAUAUGAAGCAUUAAAUGUUAUUAUACGGCUCAUAGAACAGGCUCCAUCCCACAUGGAGGAACAGGCUGUAAAGUGGGCGAAGCUGAUUAUCCCUUUGGUUGUCCACUCUGCUCAUAAAGUGCAGUUAAGAGGUGCUACUGCAUUGGAGAUGGGAGUGCCACUGUUACUUCAGAAGCAGCAGGAGGUGGCAGCAGUCACUGAAGAACUUAUGACUACGAAAAUAAUCCCAGAACUCCAAAAACUAUUUGCAUCAAAAAAUGAAACAUAUGUUUUGAAACUUUGGCCUCUGUUUAUUAAGCUGCUUGGUAAAGCACUUCAUCGUAGCGGAAGCUUUAUCAAUUCAUUGCUGCAGUUAGAAGAACUAGGAUUUCGUAGUGGGUCACCGGUGGUAAAGAAAAUAGCUUUCAUUGCAUGGAAGAGUCUGAUUGAUAACUUUGCUCUAAAUCCAGAUAUCUUGUGCAGUGCAAAAAGGCUGAAAUUGCUAAUGCAACCACUGAGCUCCAUUCACGUGAGAACAGAAGCUCUGGCACUGACAAAGCUAGAGGUCUGGUGGUAUUUACUGAUGAGGUUGGGACCUCAUCUCCCAGCCCACUUUGAACAGGUUUGUGUGCCAUUGAUUCAGAGCACUUUAAGCUUAGAUCCCAUUCUACAACAAGGAAAUUCAUCACGGUUAGCUAUUAACCAGAGUUUACUAUCACCAGGUUCUGCACACAAAUCAGGUGCUUUCCCCAUUGGAACCCCUGCAAAUAAAAGGAUGAACCUGAGUUCUAGUUCAGGAGUUACAGCCAUUCCAUCAAUUCAGCUUCUAGGAAUUGAAAUGCUACUUCACUUUUUCAUGGGACCAGAAGUUUUGUCAUUUUCCAAAGAAAACAACAUUGCACUUAGUUUAGAACCUCUUCAGCACUCAGUAAUCACCAGUCCUUCGUUCUUCUGUAAGCAUGCCAGCACAUUCAUAAAUGCAGUUCAGGAUGGCUUCAUUGCAGUUGGAAAAGAUGCUUCUGAUACUAGUCUAAGUGCUAUAUGGAAGGAAAUGAUUCGUUUUGUGAAAGGGGCAAUUGAAUCAGGGAGCAAGAGAGAACGGCAAAGCUCAGAUGUACUCACUAUGUUACUUCAGGCCUUAAAAAACAUUGUUGUGUCAAAUGAACUAUCUGUGUUAAAGUCAAUGUCCCUGAUAGAAAUCACAAUCAAAGAACUGCCUCCAAAAGUACUAGGAUCCCCAGCCUAUCAGGUUGCUGACAUGGAUCUUCUGAAUGGGACUCCAGCAUUGUUUUUAAUUCAGCUUUCUUUCCAUGAAGAACUGUUAAAAUGCUAUGUUCAAGAUGAAAGGUUUUUCUUGAACUAUGAAUCACUUGUAGGAUGUGUUUUGUCUGGCCCUACAUCUCCUCUGACUUUUAGUGAGUCUGUAUUCACAAUUGUCAACCAAAGCGCAAAGUAUCUGGAAAAUAAGGAACAUCUCUGGAGAAUGUGGAGUAUUAUAGUUAACCCCUUAACUGAAUGGAUUAACCAGACAAAUGAAGUAAAUCAAGGUGAUGCUUUGGAGCAUAAUUUCAGUGCAAUUUACAGUGCAUUGUUGCUCCCUGUGAAUACCAUAUUCCCAUGUUCUGAAUUUCCACAGCCUACAAUGAAAACAUUGCUCCGUUCCUGGUCAGAGCUCUAUAGAGCAUUUGCCCGCUGUGCUUUGCUAGUGGGAACAGCAGAAGAUAAUCUAUGCUGUGAAGAACUCUCUGCUAAAAUAAUAUCUGGAUUAGAAGAUGAAGCAGAUAUUAAUCAGUCCAAAUUGGAUGGCCUCGCUCACAUCACGUCAGUUAUGGUUGACUGCAUCAAUUUUGCACCUUAUGGCAAUAAAUACCAACCAUCAAAUAGAUCCCCACAGAUGCCUGCAGACUGGUCCAAAAAGAAAAAAGAUCCCCUUGGCAAGCUGUCGUCCUUAAUUAAACUUUUAGUGAUACUAGUAAACUCACUUCAGAUGAUUGCGUCCAAGGAAUCCAGCCCUGAAAGAAAGACCUCUAUCAGCACUUCCGUUAUUGGUGCUCUUCAAAAUAUCAUUGGCCAUAUCUCCCUACCUUCAGUCAUCAGACCUCUUUUCAGAACUAUUGCGAAACCGUUAUCAGCAUUUUAUGAAAAAACAAAGUCCACUAAUGCGUCUAAAGUGACCAAUGGGCUCAACAACAAGUUUGAAAAGUUAUUGGCGGAAAGUAUUAGUUGUUUUCAGUCCUUCUAUGCUGGAUCCUUUGACAGUGAGCUGCUGCAAGAGCUUUCUCCAUUGCUGUGCAUAAUGCUUUUGCACAAGAAUAAACAGCUACGUAGUCAAGCAGCUCAGUUCUGGAAUGCAACAUUUGGUAAAGCUGUAGUGCUGACAUACCCAGAAGAAUUAAAAUGUGUUUUGUGCCAAGCCAAGCAAAAAAAUUUACUCUCGUUGCCUGGCUUUGAAAACACGGACAUAGUGGGAGAAUGUAACGGGACAUACUCUGAUUCUCAAACAGAGAAUUCCCAGUGGGAUGCAAAGAUAAGUGGAAUAGAAGUAAAUCCUAGUGGGAAAAGAGACUCCCUGCUGGCACAGACCAAUGAACUAAAGCCGAAAAGUAUUAAUUCCCCCGUAACACCUGCAAAGCAGAUGAAACUAGAAAACUCGCUGACAAAGACAAAUCGAAAAAACUUGCUCCUGGAAGAGGAAAAUACUGUUGACUUCGUGAUUAUUCCUCCAGAAACAAAAGAGAGAGUGUUGACAGAGCACCAAAAAGAAGUGCUAAGAACUAAAAGGAUUGAUAUUCCUACAAUGUACAAUAAUCUUGAUGCAUCCCAAGAUACUACCUUGUUUUCCCAAUAUUCACAGAGCCAGGAAGAUUAUCCGGAUAAACCAGCCUCUGUGGAAGAAUCUGAGAGGGAAGAGAACAAAACAAUACCCCAGGAUGAAAAAGCAGCAAGUGACUUGCUUGGCAUUGCCCAUGAAGUAACUGAAAGUGGGAAGACAGAUGUACUUCCAGAGAAGAAUAAUUCCACCAAUGCUGAACAGCUUACCACUUUUGGUAAACAAAGCUUAGAUCCAAAUUGUGAGAAAUUGGAAACAUGUGCUCCUAAAUCAGAUCCAGGGGAGACUUCAGUAUUGGAUUAUUCUCUGAAUGAAUGUACCUCUAAUGUCAGCAGCUGCAGCUCUGCCUCUAGUGAUGUCAUUUCAGGAACCCCACAGCCUGUAAGCAGAAGACAGUCUUUCAUAACACUGGAAAAAUUUAAUAGUUCAGAAAACAGACCAUUCAGUCCUACAACUUUCACUGUGUCUGGAACAUCUGCAAGUACUCCUUUAUUAACCAAACAGGAAUGCAUGAUUGCUUCAGAUGCUUCUUUCAAAGGAAUUCCAGAUGGGGAGGAUAAUAACAGCUUCAAACACAAAGUGGAAGAAGCCAUCCCCAGGUCUAAAAGGUCAAACUUGGAAAUCUUAGGUGCACUGGAGACUUACGUCAAAGUCAAAAGAUUGAAAGAAGAGAAUAAGGCUAAUUCAAAAUUGCAACCUGAAAGUACACUUGGUAUUAAAAAGUCAAGCCUUAGGCAAAAUAAAACAGAUAAUUCUGAAGAAGAAAAUUCAAAGAUACCACAGUUGCAUCAGGAGAAAAAUAUGCAAGAGUCUCCUGCCAACCUUGUAGAAGAUAAAUGUGAAUUACCUGGUGAAACACAAGAACCAGAAUAUUUACUAGACAUCCCAUCUCAAGUUUCUGAGUUGAAUGCACUAGGAUGUACAGUAGAAAAUAAACAAAUUUUGGACAAUGUUGCAGAGACCAAAGCAGGGGCAAAUUUAGAUUCUAAAGAGAAUACCCCCCCAGAGCUAACUUUAGCAGCAGCUACAAUAUCUAAUGUUGGCCAAAGUCCACAAGUUUCACCUAAUCCAAAAGCAUUAAGACGUUCUUUAAGACGAAAACCAGAAACUGCAGAAGGAGCUUCAGGUAGUCCAGACAAAGAGAACAGUCAACAGAAAAAAGAUGGGCGUAAAGAUGGUGAAAAGGUUCUGCCAAAGAGGAGUUCACAAAGUAAAGAGGCUUCUGCACAAAAGCAAAAAUCUGUUCCUGAUAAAACAAUAGAUGUGCAAGGAAGUAUAAAGAAAGAAAUCAAUGUACAUGGGAGCAGGACUGCAGAAGGUACGAUCUUGAAGGAAUCCCAUGUUUCAAGAACUAUCCAAGAGGAAACUAGCAUAACUAAUGAAAAAUCUGAAGGAAGUCAUUCAUCUGACAUCAGUGACUUGCAAGAUUCUGUUCCAGAUACAACUGGUGAGAAACCUAAAGGGUUUCCACGGUAUCAGACAAGAAGAACCUCACAGGGAUUACUUACCAGUAUAGAAAACUCUGAGUCUGAUGGUUCUGAAACGAAAGAAGAAGGAACCAAGAGGAAAAGGUUAGGAAGAUGGAAAAAUAAAAGCAGUUCACUUGAAAGCAGUUCAAUUGAAAGCCACAUGAAAGAAGUGCUAGAAAGCCAAGAGUUUCAUGCAAAACCUGCAACAGAAAUCCAGACCAUGCCAGCAGAAAAUAAAGAUGUAAUGCAUUCCGAUGAACACAUGGAAAUAGCAUUAGUGUCUGGUGUUAUUGGUCAAGAGAGAGAGAGAAGUACCCUCCCACUUAGUGAAUGUUCAGGACUUGAGCAAGAUAUGGACAUUUCUCUUUGUAGAGACUCUUCAGAUACAGAGAGAACUGCUGCCAGAAUGCUGACACGCUCCACUUCAGAGUCAGCUCGAGAAAGCAGGCAGAGAACGACAGUUAUGGAUAAAUAUUCUGAUUCCUCCUGCAAUAUAAGCUCCCCUGCCGAAGGUUUGGAAAGUGGUGCUUAUACUGCUGCUAUCAGUGCCUCUUCUUCACCUGAGAAGUCUUCAGAGACAACUGAGUGUCAGCACAAAAGAAGCAAGCGCACAAGGAAAUCAAAGAGCUGUAACUGCUGUGGUGAGAAGCCAUCUCCACAGUUGGGAAAGUCUAACACUGAAAUAAAAAAAGAAGGGAGCCCCCAAAAAGAAGGGAGCCCAGAACUAAAGUUAAAAGAGCCUAAAAAGAUGGCUAAUAAAGCAACAGUGGCUUUGCCAAGCAUUCCUGCUACUGUUGAUUCUCAGUUUGCUGAAAGGCUCAGUAUGGAACCUUUUGCAGCGAGCACACCGCUGUCCUCCAUUAGCAAUUCCUCUGCCCUGAAAGAUUCACACGAGGGUAUCCAGUCUGAAGACGAUUUGCUAGGAGGUGACACUCCAAAAGAGGAACUCAAGAAAUCAUCCCAUGUGAAAGAUGAGAGUGACACAUCUGUUGCAGAAAAUCUGGAUUGUGUUGGCUUGGCUGAAGGAACUUCAGAACCAAGUUCAAUAGACUCUGAUUUAGUAGAACACAUUGUUCAGUGUCCAUCCUUAAAAGCAGACACAGAUCCAGGUUCUGUAAAAAUAGGAGAUAGUAAUCAAAGUGGUCAUCCAGAAGGUAGGACUGAUGUAGAGAUGAGUGUGAACCAACCUGAAAAAACAAAGGCCAGCGAAACAAAAGCUGACAUCAUUCAGAAUGUUGUGGACAAGACACCAGUAUCUGUAGCAGAGGUACCAGAACUUCAAGAACAGGAUGCAGAAAGCGAUAUAGCCAGCAGAUCAAUAGAACAUGAAAUCUCAGCCUUGGUACAGAAGGAAAAUAGCUCAGAUUCCCCUCUAAAGUUUCAGGAAAUUUAUGCUCUUUCUGUAGCCAAGAUUAGUGAAAGCCCUAAUGGAGUGCAGGCACGCUGUAUUUGGUCUCCAUCAGCUUCUCCCUCUACCAGCAUUUUAAAGAGAGGUGUAAAAAGACAAAAAGAAGAAGAUUCUCCAUCACCAGCAAACAAGAGUCGACGAGUUUCCUUUGCCAAUCCGAUCUACCAGGAAGAAUUGGCAGAUGACAUUGACAGGCGAAGUCCUGUGGUUAGAACCCAUUCUUCUAAUGGUUCUCAGUCUUUCCGAAGUAUUAAAUCUUCACCUAACCACCAAGCCAAGCUUAUUACUACUCCAACCAAAGGAUCUCUGUCCCCAGGAUCUCGUAGCCAUAAAUAUAAGAGCUCAAAGAAAUGUUUAAUCCCAGAAAUGGUCAAGGAUCCACUACCAAGUCCUACAGAAUGCAUAUAUCCUGCAUUAGUGGGCUGUAAAGCGCCUGUCGACACAAUUUUGCCCCAGAUUACUUCAAAUAUUUGGGCAAGGGGAUUAGGACAACUUAUUCGAGCAAAGAACAUCAGGACUGUAGGUGACUUGAGUUCUCUGACAUCAGCCGAGAUCAAAACUCUUCCCAUUCGUUCUCCCAAAGUAUCCAAUGUUAAAAGAGCUCUUAAAGGAUACCAUGACCAACAGGUACGAUCUCGUGGAUUUGAAGAAAAUGCUGGGCUGGAUGAUGUAGAAAAGCCAGUGAAUGGCAUUGAUGAGAAGUCCUGUUCCACAAAUGAAGAUAAAAUGGAAACGGACUUGAGCGAGCCAGUUUCCUCCACUGCAGAUGAGCAAUCAACUACAGACCUUUUUGCCCAGCUCGAUAUACUUGCUCCGCAGUUUACUUCUGAAAAUCUUCUCAACUAUUCAGGGAGUGAACUCUUUGAAAUGCAAGAGAAACUAUAUAGCAUGACAAACUGUAUUAUGAAAAACCUGCAGGCUCGUUGGAAGUCACCAACCCGGGAAAGCACUGUUUAAUCAUCUGUACUUGUCCCACUAUGAAGUCUUCUCUUCUGAGAGCUAUUUUUGUUUCUAAAAUCCAAUUAUUUUUAUUUGAACUGAACACUUA